CCUCCCCCCGUGCCCAGCGAGUGAGUCCGGCCUGGGGGCUGAGCCUUCGGUGACGACGACGUCAACCCUCCCCCGGAGCGGCAGCAAUCAGAGUGCGUUUUUUGUUCGUGCCGAGUGAGCGACCCGCACUCACGCAGACCUGACAUGGUCGAUCUGGAGGAAUCGGCGCCGCCGGUAAAGCGCAGCCGCCUGGACAGCGACCCGGACCUGGCAGUCGCGUCUCAGCAUGCCGCCGGCCUCCAGGAGUCCAGCCAAGACAGCGAGAGCAGUCCCGCUGAGAACGGCUCCAGCGCGGGCUCCGAGAACUCCGGGCCCGAGUCCCCCGCAGCCGAGGAUUCCCUGGCCGCCGGCGGGCCCCUGUCCAACGGCCUCGUGCUCCAGUCGGACCCGUACCCGGCCACUGCCUGGAACCUCUGCUCCCAGUCCGCGUCCCAGGACGGCCUGAAGCUGCCCGUGGGCGGAGCGUCGGCCGCGGAGUACCCGGUGUCCGAGUCCCUGGGGUCGUCGGCGACCCCUUACGCCGUGGACGGGGGCGACAGGCUCCACUGCGGCCUCGGCGGCGUCCAGCGACUGGCCGCCGCGUCUCCGGCCGACGAGCAGCAGCAGCCGCUCAGCCUGGGCAAGGCCCACAGCGGCGCCCUGGACUGCAGCGCCGCCUACGCCGCCUCCCCGUAUUACUCCAGUAUGCAGGCGUACAGCCAACUGAACAGCGGUUCCUACUCCGUGCCGGCGACGAGUUUGUACGGCGCCCAGCCUGCGCAGGCGUACGGCUCAGCGGUGCUAACGCCCUCGUACGGCUCCCGGCAGCAGCACUCUACGUCCCAGUCCGGAGGCCAGGGCAAGUCGGGUCUGGCCCAGUCGUACCUAUACGCGGCGGGGAGCUUCGGGACCACCAACGGCACGCAGUCGCCGAUGCCGCCUUCGCCGCAGGGACACUACGCCUAUGGGUCGAGCUACUCGAGCAGCGCCUUCGGUGGAGCUCCCACGUCUGCGCAAGCGGGAGGUGCCCAGUCGCCGCUCGACUACACGGGCUACGGCGGAUACGGACCCCAGGGCUACCCGUACUACGCCCAAGGGUACGGAUACGUGCAGGCGGCGGCGGCAGCGGCGGCCGGCGCCGUAGCCUCUCCGCUAGCGCCGUCCACGUAUCAACUUGCACAGCUACCACCCGUCGCGGCCCAACAACAUGCGGACGGACAGUACGGCGCAGACGGCAGUCCAUCCCCGCCUUCCAAGGCCGACGCCCUCGGACCUUCCGCCAGGAAAGGGCGGGGCGGUCGCGGCCGUGGACGGCGGCAGGCCAACCCUUCCCCGGAUCCAGAGAACUCCCUGGAGCGAGUGUUCAUCUGGGACCUGGACGAGACCAUCAUCAUCUUCCACUCGCUCCUCACGGGCACCUUCGCCGGCCGGUACGGCAAGGAUGGCCCUUCCUCGGUGCAAUAUGGGCUCGGAAUGGAAGAGAUGAUCUUCAACCUCGCAGACUCCCACUUCUUCUUCAACGACCUCGAGGACUGUGACCAGGCACACAUCGAUGACGUCGCCUCGGACGACAAUGGUCAGGACUUGAGCAACUACAACUUCCCCGCCGAUGGCUUCCAGGCCGGCACCGGAGCCACGUCAGGUCCGGGAGGACCGGGGACGGCAGGCCUUUGCCUGUCGACGGGCGUCCGCGGUGGCGUGGACUGGAUGCGCAAGCUGGCCUUCCGCUACCGCCGCAUCAAGGACAUCUACAACCAGUACCGGGGCAACGUGGCUGGCCUACUGGGGCCCAAACGGGAACAAUGGCUGCAGCUUCGCAGCGAGAUUGAAGUUCACACGGACAACUGGCUCACGCUGGCGCUCAAAUGUCUCUCCGUCAUACACUCCAGGUCCAGCUGCGCCAACGUACUGGUGACCACGACGCAGCUGGUUCCCGCGCUUGCCAAGGUGCUCCUGUACGGCCUCGGCGGCGUGUUCCCCAUCGAGAGCGUGUACAGCGCCACCAAGAUCGGCAAGGAGUCCUGCUUCGAACGCAUCGUGGCCCGCUUCGGCAAGAAAUGCACCUACGUGGUCGUCGGAGACGGCAAGGAUGAGGAAGCGGCCGCCAAACAGCUGGGCUUCCCGUUCUGGCGAGUGAGCAGCCAUUCUGACCUGGCCGCCCUGCACCACGCGCUCGACCUGGGCCACCUGUGAAUAAGACAUGUAUGGUGCCCGUUAUAGACAACCAAGACCACGAGACCACAUUCCGUCGAGUCCCGCAGCGCGCCAGCGCCGUGAGAUUCCAUCCAUAUGGGACCACAUGUGGCUAUCGAAGGACGGUAGCAAAACUCCUGACACUAGUCGCACCGCGCCUCUCAUGGACACCAGUGACCCCAUGACCAAGCAUAUUUCUCUGCAGAGUACUUGUGUUCCUGGUACUCGAACGUUCCUUCUGUUCCGUAAGAUAGAAAGUACCACCAUGCCGUAGUACUUACGCUACAAGUGAUGCGUGGAGCAGAUGUCAAGGACUUUGGUGUUCGAGGGAUUUCAUACUCAAGACAAGUUGUCGCCGAAUAUCAGUGGCUCGAUGACACAGUACGUUUCUCUGAAGACGCAACUUAUGAUCGAAGUACUCGAGCAUUGCCUCUGCCAUGGACUGGGAAGCACCUGCACCAAUCAGUACUUACUCUGCAGAUCACUCUGUGCUUGCCUCGAGACUUUGGGCGUCUCGAUGAGUUCAACGUCCAACUUAGUGGCAUUCGGACGUCGGCGCCUUGAUGACAGCAUGAUGACAGCAUGCUUCACCACACAGUACACGUGUUUAGAGUAUUAGACUACUGCUUGACUGCAGCGCAUUUACGCCGCAGGCGGAAGAAGUCUUCUCCACUGGGAGUCAUCGUAUUCUGAUAACGUUUUGGUGCCACUCAAACAUGCCAGUUGCUCCACGUCGCAGAAUGUUUCCCUACCGGGAUGCCUGUGUAGAGGUUUUUUCGUCACAAUGAAGAAAACCGUUUCUGUGCUGCAAUACUUACAGUACGGAUUGCAUGAAGCCAAUCUUCUGUCAACGUAGCUUUGACGUUUGAGAACUUGUAUUGUCGCUUUGGGAGGGUGGCAGGUGUCCAGAUAUCUGCCAAGAAACCGGAUUCAAGCAGUCACAGCUGGUCAUUUACUACGUUUCACUUUAAGUGCAUGCGAGGCCGAAGCUACAGGCGCGAGCAUGUGGGCCUGAACGGUGCUUGCACCGCACGAGCGCGCGAGCUUGGCAAGAACGUUGGAAGCCCAGUGCUCGCUCUUGUAGCUUCUGCUACGCUCACUCUUAAGGCCUGCUCUCAGACGCAGCGAAGCGCUGAUGUAGCGCUGCUCAUAUGUCGUCAGCUACUUAUCAUCUGCCAUGAGCAACAGUUUUGACGGUGUGACAAAAAGUUGGUGAACGGUCCCGACAGCACGCGCUUUGUGCGAGGUCAGGGAUAUUCUUGUAGCGCUCCACUGCAUGUGUGAACAGGCCUUUAAAGUGGAGCGGAGUAUAGCUGUAUUAAUUCAGAUUCAAAAUAACGUGUCUAGAACAUACCAGAUCUAUAUACAAAUGAGGUUGGCGUUCUUUCCAGUCAAACGCGUUUUGGAGGCUCCCCUGCCCAGAUUAUGGCUGCAGAAGGCGCUGUUUGUGCUCGCAUUUGCAGUUGGGGAUUGAAAAUUAUUUCAUUGAGGUAUGUGUGCUCGUCCGGCCGCCGGCCAGUUUGUCAGAGGUCGGCUUCCAGCCCGACAAGAAGCCCAAUAAAAAGGUACCAGCCUAAGAAA